AUGAAGGCCUUUAUUGCUAUUGCAUCUCUGACCGUUGGCGCCAAUGCCCUCGUUGGUCGUAGUGAUAGCUGCUGUUUCCACCUCACUGCCUCCGGUGAUACCUCUGGCUCUCUGGGUCAGCUGAGCGAUGGCCAGGUCCGUGUUGGCGAUGACUCCCUUUCGGCCGCCACUUUCUGCCUGUCCGGAGGUGUGAUUACCGAUAGCGAGGGCCGUGGCUGCGUGAUCACUUCCGAGACCACCCAAUUCCAGUGUGACGCUGGUAGCGCCGGCACCUCUGGCUUCUCCCUCAGCUCAUCCGGUGGCCUGGAGUUCAGUGGUAGUUCCAGCUUCGUCGCCUGCGCAACCGGCCAGAACAACGGCGACAACAUCUACACCACCGAGAGCGACUCCGUCACCCAGUGCGUGAGCGUCAAGCUUACCGCUGACUCGACCUGUGCCGCUGCCUCGUCUUCCGUUGCUUCUGUCGCUCCCACUUCAACCCCUCUGCCUACCAGCACUCCUCUGCCCGCCAGCACUCCGCUUUCCUCGGGCUCUUCGCCCGUCAGUGCCUCCUCUGCAUCUGUUGCGGCCAGCACUCCUCUAGUUGGAUCUUCCAGCCUCACCACCAAGACUUCCUCAUCGGCCGUGGCUUCUACUAGCUCUGCUGCCGGCACGAGCACUUCGUCUGCUUCGUCCUCUUCGUCCACCGUUGCUCCCGCUUCUAGCUCGACUGCUGCUAGCGCGGCUACCCGCUACGACUUGGGUAACUUGGCCUCUGUCAUGGUGGUUCUCUCCAUGGCUUCUCUUUACCUCCUCUAA